AUGAACACAAUACCGGUAUGCAGGCGCUCUGCGUCUAGGGUUUCAUCUUAUACAACGAUACGAGCCCUGUCCUCAACGCCGAAUCCCAAUUCAAAGCGCGAACUCAAAGACCUCACGCCGACCGAUCUCUGCUAUUACUGGGAUACAAAACCUCCCAGUCCCGAACAACUAGCCUUUGCCGACAAAGUAUUCGUCCCAUCGCGUCACUCUCCUCUGAAAUUAUGGUCCGCCGCCAAAUUCCGCACAACGCCAAUGGAAUCUCUCGAACCCGAAGUCGCAUUUCUCGGCCGCUCAAAUGUUGGCAAGAGUUCAUUACUGAAUGCAAUAAUGGGCCAGGAGAUGUGCUGGACCUCGUCGAAACCGGGACGAACGAGGGAAAUGAACGCGUUUGGGAUUGGAGGCACGAAGGGCGGCGAGUCGAAGGUCGUACUGCUUGAUAUGCCGGGAUACGGAAAAGCCAGUCGAGCGGAGUGGGGAGCGGAAAUCAUGAAGUAUCUCCAAGGGCGAAAACAACUCCGUCGCGCAUUCCUCCUCAUCGACAGCAUGCACGGCAUCAAGCAGACCGAUGCCGAGAUCCUCAGACUAUUCCGACACAAUGCAAUUCCGCACCAGAUUAUCUUGUCCAAGGUUGACAAGUUUCUCGCUAGGAAAGUUAAGCAAAUGAAGACUGGGGUGACGCCUGCCAGUCUCGAGCGGCUACAUCUAUUGCUGCAAGGUAUCAAACCAAUUGUCCAGCCAGGUCCGGGUGCUUCGGAGGGGCCUGGUGCCCUGGGGGAGAUCUUGACUUGUAGUGCUGAGGCACACAUCGGUCCCGGACGGUCCUUGGGGAUCGAUGCUGUUCGCUGGUCUAUCUUGUCUGCUGCUGGCAUUGAUGGGAGCUUAGAGGGUGGUCGCCUUGCUGUUAAACCACCUGCUGCGGAGACAUCCGCUGCUAUCAUUUGA